ACCCCGCUGACGUUCGCGAUUUCGGGGUGCCGCCUGGAUCCGCCCCUGGCCGAUGGAGUGCGUGGUGCAGGGUAUCAUCGAGACCCAGCAUGUUGAAGCUCUGGAGGUUCUUCUACAAGGCCUCUCUGGUGUCCCAAAGGAACGUGUGAGGGUGCAUGAGCUCUGUCUUAAAAGUGUGCCAAUGCUAGGAGCUGUCCCAUCAGAGGUUCGUUUGUUGUGUGAUUUAGCUCAGCCUACACCAUCCUGGACCAUAAGGCAUGUUGGUGGCGCCAUGAGAGGUGCCGGUGCAGAGCAAAUCUCAAUUCUCGUGCGUACAAUCGUCGAAAGCAAAGCCAGCAGCAAUGUGUUGCGUUACUUCUAUGGCAUCGGCUACAAGUUAGAUCAUGAAAUUUUGAAGGUUGGCUUUGCAUUUCGCUUCCAGCGAGGUGCCCAGUUCACCGUGACUGUGACUUCUGCCAACAAGAUGCCAAAGCUCCAUGCAACCGAUGAAGCUGUGCAGGUCACUCCUGGAAUACAGCUGGUGGAGAUCACAGCUCCAGCCGCUGCUAACAAUUACAAUGAUGUUGUUUCAGCUGUCACCUCGUUCUGUGAAUAUCUGGCGCCGCUGCUGCAUCUCUCCAAACCAGGUAACUCAACUGGAAUCGUCCCUACCGCUGGCGCUGCCGCUGCCUCGCUCAUGUCAAGUGGUGGUGCGAAAACAUUGUAAUCUUUGUCAUAUGUAAUCCCUUGGGCGGCAUGCUGUUCUGUACUUCUAGUCAGUUGAUUACAAAUUUACAAUGCAUGAAUAGCACUAUGAUACCUUGGAAUGGUAUGAUGUAAAAGUAGUAUUGUUCCUCCCCACUAAAGAUGGCAACCCCGUCUGCUGCUCAA